AUGUCGGUCUACGAUCUAUACUUUGCCUUUGGGAAGCCAGGUACAUACACCCUAGAUCACACCGGGGGACAUUGUAGCCAGCGCAUGCCACUUCGCUACCACGAAUGGACCGCAAAACGACCCAUCAAAGCAAUAAAAAAUCUAGCAUGCGACGCACACGACAAUAUCUUCAUGGUUUGGACUCCUGAUAAUCGAUCACUGGUAUGCAAAUCCCACCUCGACCCAAUCUACCACCCUCUCCAAACAUUCCUCUCCAAAGAAGGAGUUGUCAAUUGUCGAGUCCAAUUCGGCCCCAGCAUUGGCGAAUACUUCGUCACGAGCGAAAGAACAGGACGAUGUCAAUGGGUUUCUCCCCAAUUGGACAAGGAUAUGACCAACGAAACAGCUCGAUUCAAAAUGUGUUCUCUUGGAAUUUAUGAUUCGUACGUGGCUAUUUUCACUGAUGGUUCGGCGAAAUGGUCUCUCGGCGAGGAUUAUCCAGGACUUCUUAGGAUUCUGAGACGUGUUCGACAGGGGGAUUUGGUGUUUGUUGCUCUAAAUCCCUAUCGAGCAAAUGAGUUCUUUGUCGCUCUCGCUGAUGGAAUUGUGCAUAUCCGAGCUAGUGCGUUGGUCGAGAAACAUGUUCUGGAUAUACUGGGUCAGUAUCCUAACUUGACGGUCGUGACUAGUGAUGUCAUCAAGUGUAGUCGCAGUGUAUCUGGGGAUCAAGGUCUUCCAACCAAAUACCGAACGAAGGAUUUUAUGAAAUUUAUAGCUAAGAAUGUGGCUGGAGGGGUGAUUUCGUCCGCAGUUGCUGCUACUUUCUCCUGCACUGUGAUGUGA